AUGAGGCUGUCCAUUCGCAGGCAUGCAACAAGUGAUGGAGGCGCCCGACUGUGUGUCGUUAUCAGAAUCCAUUGUGCAAUUUUGCUGCGCCAUGGCGUCCGGUGUGAUCAUGCGGGCGACUCCAAGGUGGUGGAUGAGGAGAAGGACGGGAGGGACAUGGGAGGAUCUCCGGAAGAUGGAUGACGUGGUGGACGGGUACUAUAAGGAGAAGUUGAGGAUGUCCCCUAGGUUGUUCCGGGAGAUCGUGGAGGCGUUGUCCCCUCAUCUCCAGCGGAGGGUGACAUUCUACAGGGUGCCUUUGAUGCCGGAUCACAUCAUCUCGUACGCGCUUUACAGUUGGGCGAGCGGGGAGACGUACGAGAGCAGCACAUCGUCAUUCGGCAUAGGACGCACAUCAGGCUUGAUUGCGGUGGAGGACGUGACUCGGGCGCUUCUGAGGGUGUACCGCGAGAAGAUCGUUUGUCCUUCCGUAUUGCGGCGGGUGGUCGUUUUGCGCGCCUUCGAGGCCAAGGGUUUCCCCAACUGCUACGGCUGCAUACUCUACACGCACAUAUAUGUCGACAAACCGGCGAACGCACCUUCCGAGAACUACUUCGACCGGAAGCAUCGUUUUUCUGUUGUUGCGCAGGUGGUGGUGGACUUGGACUUGCGUGUGACCGACGUUUUCGUCGGGUAUCCCAGGAGCUGCCACGACAUUCGGGUGCUCCAGCUUUCAAGUAUGUGGGCACGUGCGGAGGAGGGGGAUCUUUUCCGUGGACCUGCCGCGGUGCUGCCGUUCGGGGUGAAGACACAUGGGUACAUCCUCGAGGACAAUGGCUAUCCUCCUAUGGAGUGGAUCGUCGUGCCUUACGGAGGGACCGAUCAAUGCACCAAUGAGGAGAGGUUCGACAACAAGCAGAAGGUCGCCAGAGGAGCAGUGGAGAGAGCUUUCGAAAGAUUGAAGGGGAUGUGGAGGCUUUUCCUUCGCACGCACAAAACGAAUAUGGACACUCUCCCGCAACAGUUCCAACCAGUGUGCAUUCUGCACAACAUCCUCCUCGAUGCUGGCAUAGAUUUCGACGAGAACUUGUUGUGGGAGGUGGACGCGAAUGGCGUGCGCCAGCGAGUGGACUUGGGCUUGGAUCACCCUCCCCACCCCAUUGCGGAGAACUUCAAUCGUCCUCGUGCGCUGGCCCUACGCGAAGCGUUGGCGGAGUGCAUGAAGCACGACUUAACGCGGGGAGUCUCCCCACGGCGGUAGCUUGGGCGUCAAUCUGUUACGAAGGGCGAACGUGGUGACGUCGGGGAUUCGACUGGUGUUGUGGUGCUCCGGCGGCAGUGUAGUGUAGGAUGAUUGCUGGCCAACUCCUUGGAUUUUUUUUAUUUUUUUUUUCUAUGUAGUUUCUCCCCAACACCCCCCCCCCCACCCUUUUCUUGGCGUUAGUUUUCUUCUGCUAUCGAACAUUGGAAGAGUGAGGGAGGGGCGCUCCAUCACGGUUUUUGUGUAAAUGGCGUUAUCGCCUUUGUUAUGCGAUUUAUACAUGUC